AUGUCGUCCACCUCCAGCCCUCCCAAGCGGCCUCGGCUGUCGCUCCAGAUCAAGGCCAUCUCGCAAGCACCUAUGCGUGCAACGAAGGCCCUCGCUGCCCACUGCGACGUCACGUCGCCGACUGGUUUUAACACUCUCUCUAAUGUCUACGCCACCGCCGUCGACAGGUCAACUCCUGUGCAAGAGAAACCCCCGACCGCCAUCCUGGGACGCCGUCCGGUACUGCGUCUGCAGACAACAUCCGUCAGCACCGACAAGUCCGCUGCCGCUCACAGCGUAACCUACACGGGUCCUUAUUUGGACACUCCGGUGACGGCACAACCUAUCUCUCCAGCUCUACCGAGUGAGAUUUGCUUCCCCAGUGCCAUCAUGACUGCCACACCUCCACUAUCAGCCCAGCCGUCCGACCAGCACGGCGCUCAGGUGUUUACUUUUGACGGCAAGACGGCGGCUGCAACAAGCCAGGACACCCCAAAGCAAGCUGCCAUGCCGAAGCUUCCCUACAAGCAGCCUCCACGGCUCAAGAGCAUCCUGCGCAACUCGCCUCUCCCGCAUCCCAGAUCGCCCGAGUCGCCUAGGCGGCGGUCGGCUCGGCUGCAGGAGCGUGCAGCUCGCAGAGUGGCCUACAACAGCCCUCUCACGCAGGAAAUUACGACGACAAAGUACACCAAGUCGCACAUCGAGCUGUUGAUGGAGGCAACCCCCGACUCAUCUUCCCCUUCGGUAUUAUCGUCAGAGUCCGACGACGGAGACGCUAUGCUCGACCAGGUCAUGACCGACGCGGAUACCCGCGACGGGGGCGCCACCACGCCCAGUCCGUUCGAGGACGUGCGUCGUCGUUUGGCCAGCAUGGGCACCUCUUCCUCAGCGACAGCCACGUCGCCUGUCCUCUCGCCCACGAGCAGCGGGGGGAUUCGCAAGAACAAGGCGCAUCACAAGCGUAGGGAAAAGAAACGUCGCUGGGUGUGGACGAUCGGGCAGGAUGACGAAGAUGAUGAGACGACCACGCCGGUGACCGCUAUCCAUACCCCUGCCCAGAACCAACAGCAGGUGAGCACGGGGAUGAGGUCGUUUGCCCCGGCCGGGACGGUGUCAGUGCCGGUGCUGGCCAUCCCGACACCAAGGAAGAUGAGGAGCCAGGCACAGCAGGCUAAGGCGGCCGCUGCGAUGGCACAGGUGCAGGUGCAGGUGCAGGUGCAGGUACAGGUGCCGGUAUUGGCUGUGCCGACACCGCCGACGAGGGGGCAGGGACAGGGUCAAGGUCAAGGUCAGCAGCAACAGCAACAGCAACAACAACAACAACAACAACAACAACAACAACAACAACAACAGCAGCAGCAGCAGCAGCAGCAGCAGCAGCAACUACAACUACAACUACAACAAUUACAACAGCAACAACCACAAGGGCAGACACAGGUGGUGAAACCCAAACAGGAAGAAGAAAGUCGUGACGAAAGACCCCACGCCCGCGAACCAACCUCCAUACCAGCCUCUCUCCUCCCUGAGGCCCGGCCAAGCCGGAGUCCCAGCCCAGAGCCGGCAUCACCAGGGCUGUAUGAUGCACUCCGUCUGCACCCCCAAUACAAUCCCCAACCAGAUCAAAGAUAUCAGACGCCUGAACCCACGGCCGUCACUCCCACUCCCAUGAUUUUGGAGCCUCCAACCCCUAGUGUAGAAAGUACGGUUAGUAUCGUCAGCAGUUCGAACGCCAGCUCCGCCGGCAGCGAGGUCUUCGACCACGACUCUUUAAAAAAACGUCGUGCCUCUCUCACACAACCUGGGGAAGGUGAUGUCGACAUGUCGGAUGUGAGUAGCUUGCACUCAGAAGAAGACGAGUGUGAGACGGCGCAGAGAGGGGAGGAAGGAGUUGGGGUUGGGGUUGGGGUUGGGAGUAGCAGGAAGAGAGGGAGAUGGGACGGGAUGAGGGACGUGAUUGAGAUGGAUUAUUAUUGUGAGGGGACGCCGACUAUGACGGCGAGGCCGACUGGGAGGGGAUGGGCGCCUUGGAGGGAGGUUAUGGGGUGA